CGCUAAAAUUGUUUCCAUCGAAGAACUCCAUCUUUAAGAUCAGCAGGGAGGGACAGACAGAUUGUAUCUCAUGCGCCGUGGUUGGAAACGGCGGCAUCUUAAAUGGCUCCCGAAUGGGCAAGGAGAUCGACAAGCACGACUUUAUAUUCAGAGUAAACCAGGCAUACACGAGAGGCUAUGAGAACGACGUUGGCAGCAGAACAACUCACUAUGUGUUCUUCGAUCGUUCACUGACUUCAAUGAAGCCAGAUCACUAUCCUGUUGAACAGAACAUCACGUAUAUAUUUGUGCCAUGCCGGGAGGCAGACUAUUCAUAUCUUAGGACAAUAGGAAACGGCACCAACGUGUUCAAGGCGCCUCCAGAAAACGUGCGAGUCAUCCACCCUGACUUCAUGAGAUACGUGCAUUUUGUGUGGAUGAGGGUCCAUGCAUUCCGACCAACAACUGGAGGCAUCAUGACCAUGGUAGCCCUCCAUGCCUGUGACAAGCUUAGCCUGUACGGAAUGGGCUACACUUACAAGUACAGCAACCACUACUUUGACACGACUUACCAGCCGUUCCUAUCUGUGCUCAUGACUCACGAUCAUAAGCGGGAGAUCAAGUUGUGGGACACCCUGGACAAGGAAGAUAUCGUGUACUGGUAUAGAAGAGAUGUUUUCUAAAUGAUGUUAUUGGGGGCAAAUGAUGUUAUUGGGGGCACAUUUCUGCGGCCCCCUUUCCACUAGGACGGCGAUCGUGCUGCGCUCUCACUGCGACCUAAGUAGGAUUUGUGGUUUCACACUGGGUUGAUUAUGCAAAACGUAAAAGUUUAAUUGGGAGA